AUGGCACGUCCGACGCGCGUCUACGUCUUUGGUGCAGCGCUACUGAUCGCUCUGAUGGCGAUGCUGUGGCCGCACAUGGAGCACUACCUUGUCAAUAGUGGGUACAAAUGUCCGUACCCUUUUUCGGUGCUGCUACGUGACAAGAGCGUGGAGAAGGAAGCGACAGUAACAGCGAGUGGACUGCCGACGUAUACACUCGACCAGCUCCGUCUGUAUGACGGAUCAGACGAGGAGAAGCCCCUUUUGCUUGCAGUUGGUGGCAAGGUUCUGGACGUGACGUCUGGAGCCAAAUUCUAUGGCAAGGGACAGUCGUACCACAUAUUUGCUGGAAAGGCUUGUACGCGUGCUCUGGCGCUUGGGUCACUGAAGGAAGAGGACUUGAAUGACGAUGUCUCGGAUUUCAGCGAGAAACACAGGAAGGAACUUGCGGAGACGAAGGCAUUCUACUACGAAAAGUACCCCAUCGUUGGAGAACUGGCCUGA